AUGAAACCGUCUCAACCGUCGUACGAUAAGCGGGCGUAUCAGACCAUAUACCCACAGUACCUUGACGCGGAGUUGACACCCCACGAUGGUCGGCGCCUUACUCGUACGCAAGCUGUAGAUGAUCCCACAACUAACGAAGUUGUCGAAGCGUUAAAAGAAUUGGGUUACACAGAUAUCUUCGUUGAACCCUCCGCUUCGUUUCCGCGAUCCCAGGGCUCAAUCAAGUACAUUAUGCCCCCAAAAGGAUGUGUGAAGGUGGCGAUUAAGCGGCCUAAAGGUGAGCACUACAUUCCGAAGAGUGAUUUCGACACGCAAACACGGGGCGUGACCGUGGAAGAUAUCCCCAACAAAAUGGAGCUCUUGCGCCGGGUAUCUGCACUAAUAAAAAUACAGCACGCGUUGAAAAAACAGGCCGAAGCCGCGGCGGCCUCACAGACUGCCAACACACGGAAAAAGUAG